AUGCCGGGGGAAAUUGUAACGCUUCAGGUCGGGCAGUGUGGUAACCAGGUGGCGAGCGAAUUCUGGCGACAACUGUGUCUAGAGCACGGCAUCGGGCUGGAUGGCAACCUGCAGGACUUCGCGACGCAGGGCGACGAUCGCAAGGACGUGUUCUUCUAUCAGGCGGACGACCAGCACUACAUCCCGCGCUCCGUGCUGCUGGAUCUAGAGCCGCGCGUGGUGAGGGGCAUCCAGGCGGGCGAGUUCCGCGCGCUCUUCAACGCGGAGAACGUGUACGUGGCGGAGCACGGGGGGGGCGCGGGGAACAACUGGGCGAGCGGGUUUGACCAGGCGCGCGCGCAGCAGGAGGCGAUCAUGGAGAUGAUUGACAGGGAGGCGGAGGGCAGCGAGAAUCUCGAGGCGUUUUAUCUCUGCCACUCUGUGGCUGGAGGCACGGGGUCAGGCAUGGGCUCGUACCUCUUGGAAGAGCUGCACGACCGCUACCCCAAGAAGCUCGUGCAGACAUACAGUGUCUUCCCGAACCAAUCAGAAACGUCUGACGUGGUGGUCCAGCCGUACAAUUCCCUGCUGACCCUCCGCCGGCUGACUCAGCACGCUGACAGUGUGGUUGUACUCGACAACACAGCCCUGGAUAGAAUUGCAGCGGAGAGGCUGAGGCUGCACCAGCCGACGUUCGCCGAGACAAAUUCUCUGGUGGCGAUGGUCAUGGCCGCGAGCACGAAUACGAUUCGGUACCCGGGGUUCAUGAGUAAUGACCUGGCUUCCAUGGUGUCGUCGCUGGUGCCCACGCCGCUGUGCCACUUUCUGGUUUCCAGUUACACGCCCUUGACUGUGCAGAGGCAGGAGAACGUCAUUCGCAAGACAUCAGUCUUUGACGUCAUGAGGAGACUGCUGCAGCCACAGAACUGGAUGGUAUCGUCCCAUUACGGGCGAGCGCGGGACGUGAGUGCAGCGCGGUACAUGGCGAUUCUGAACGUCAUCCAGGGGGAGGUGGAUCCGGGGGAGGUGAACAAGAGCAUGCAGCGCAUCCGAGAGAAACAGGCUGCCUCGUUCAUCGAAUGGGGGCCUGCCAACAUCCAGGUGGCACUCUCUCGCAAGUCCCCUUACGUGCAGACGGGGCACAAAGUGAGCGGGCUGAUGCUGGCAAACCACACGGGCAUGAGGCACCUGUUUGGGCGCUGUGUGAAGCAGUAUGAGAACAUGCGCCGCAAGUCCGCUUUCCUCGAGCCCUACAAGCAGUUCUCCAUGUUCUCCGACAACCUGGUGGAGUUCGAUGAAUCACACGAGGUAGUGCGCUCAAUGAUUGACGAGUACCGCAUGUGCGAGUCAUCUGAUCCACUAGCUUAUGAGUUUGAAGCGAUGGUCCGCUUCCCGUUUGAGUUAGAUGGAGGAUGGGUACUGCAUCAGCGCACAGGACGGCUAGAGGAUGCUUACACCUUAGAGAAAGAGCUGGGUCGUGGACACUUCGGAAUCGUCAAGCUUUGCAGAAAACGUUCCGGAGGCGGAAAAUACGCAUGCAAGUCGAUUGACAAGUCUAAACUCUCGCACUGGGAGGAUAAGGAAGAUGUUCGCAGAGAAAUCGAGAUCAUGCGGAGACUAUCCGGGAACCCGUACACGCUGAACCUGGAAGACGUUUUCGAGGACAACAGAUUUGUUCACCUAAUUAUGGAGCUCUGCGAGGGUGGUGAUUUAUUUGACGACAUCAGCAGCCAUGGCUUCAUGACAGAAGUACAAGCAGCAGCAGUCUUCGAGGAGAUUGUGCUUGCUGUCAUGCACUGCCAUGAACACGGCGUUCUGCACCGUGACUUAAAACCGGAAAAUAUUCUCCUUGUACAGGAAUCAGGCGUUAGGACGGCAGCAGGAGCAGAUGACUGCAGGUCUCCUACGAAAUGCUUUUCAUUGACGCCGAGGGUCAAGCUUACUGAUUUCGGGCUUUCGCUGUUCGUGGACCCUCACAAGCAGGUUUACGGUGUCGCCGGAAGCCCGUUCUACCUCGCUCCAGAAGUUCUUUCCGGAAAUUACGGCCACGAAGCAGAUAUUUGGUCUCUGGGUGUCAUGCUGUACAUGCUUCUCUCAGGUUCAGCUCCGUUUUUCGGGGAAUCGGAGGACGAGGUCCUCGCAGCCGUCAGGCGCGGGAAGUUUUCGUUUUACCGGCCGAUCUGGGGAUCGAUUUCGCCGUUCGCGAAAGACUUGAUUCGGUGCAUGCUCCGGCAGGAUCCGACCAAGAGACCGACUGCUAGCGAUAUUCUUCAGCAUCCGUGGUUCACUGAGGUGUUCCGAUCGCAGCAACAGCAGCAGAUGCAGCAACCGCAGCAGCCGCAGCAGCAAGCAGAGCAGGAGCUGCAGGACGAGCGUUCCGAACAAGUGGUAGAUAGCUUCGAUAGCGACUCGAUCGACAACGCAAGACAGUGCAUCUGUACAGGCGCAGUCCUCUCUUCCCCCAGUCCCGCCAUGCAAUCGCACUCGCACCUCCCCAGCUCGCCCGUCUCUCAUCUCCAAUGCUCAGCCGAGUUCAGCCCCGUGGUUUCCAGGAAGCUACCACACGCGUCUCCGCAAACCCCGCCGCGGUUGGAGCUUGAGAACCAUUCCAGCUUUCUGUGUGCGAGCUCACGGCUAAGCCUCGCCUCCUCGUCUGUUGAAGCAGACGGAGUUAGAUCGGAGCAGGCUGACGGGUUGGAAUCGGUCGCAGGGGAAGCAGCAGCAGCGGAGGAUGUCCAAGGGGAGACUUUAAGUGCGGCUCCUUCGCUGUGGGGUUUGUUUGGAGGGUACAGCCCGAUGGUUAAACCGGACGAGUUCGAUGCUGCGGAUUUAAUAGCUUCGGAAGGAUCGCUGGCGCAAACGCCGCAGCUGCUCUCCUGCAGUGUGUGGGGUCGGAGUCAGACCACAGACGCUGUGGAAAUCGACUGGGUGUUUGGAUUCUGA